AUGCCUUGCUUGUGUCUCCUGCUAUCCCUUGUGCCAGCGGCACAAUGUUGCACAAGGCAGCCUCACAUCGUGUUCAUUCUAGCCGACGAUAUGGGAUGGAACGACGUCAGCUUUCACGGGUCUUCUCAGAUACCCACGCCAAACUUGGACGCCCUGGCAGCAGACGGCGUAAUACUUAAUAACUUCUACGCCCAGGCAGCCUGCACUCCUUCGAGGGCAGCACUGAUGACUGGACUGUACCCGAUACGAACAGGGCUGACGCUUGAUGUAGCCGAUCCAUGGGGGUUGCCGUUGGACGUACGGAUACUACCUCAAUACCUCAAAGACCUGGGAUACGACACUCAUCUCGUCGGAAAGUGGGAUCUUGGCUACUACAAGACAAGCUUAACUCCAACUUGCCGGGGCUUCGAUAGCUUCUACGGCUAUUAUUGCACAGAAGAGGACUACUACACCCACAGCAGUACAUAUCCGCUCUUUCUGCUGUUGAGUCACCAGUCACCGCACGGAGCAGAAGAGAGUGACCCAUUUCAGGCGCCGCAAGAAAAUGUUGACAAGUUUCCUUACAUUGGAGAAAGGAAUAGAACAAUAUACGCAGGAAUGGUUGACGCACUGGACCAGUCUGUGGGCGAAGUGACCAAGGCUCUCAGCGAUGCUGGCAUGCUCGACAACACUAUCCUCAUAUUCAGCAGCGACAAUGGCGGACAACCUUGGGGUAGUCACGCGACCCGCAGCAUCAAUUGGCCACUGCGGGGAUCCAAGGGCACGCUCUGGGAAGGAGCAACCAAAGUCCCCGCUUUCAUCUGGAGCCCCCUCCUAGCCAACACACGGAGGGUGUCCAAGCAACUCAUGCACAUCACGGACUGGGUACCCACGCUGUACUCAAUCGGAGGAGGCGACGUGGACACUCUCGGAGAAUUGGACGGAUUUGAUAUGUGGCGGUACCUGUCUCAAGGAAUAGACUCCCCUCGUGUCGAGAUGCUCUACAACAUCGACUACCGGUUUUUGAACAACUCAGCUCUGCGAGUGGGCCGUUACAAGUUGGUGCUUGAUGGCACCGGGUUCAUGAAUGAGCGCUACGCUCGACCAGGUGGCGGCCGUCCGUACGACGACCUCGAUAAGUUACUCACUCAUUCGACAGCGGCCAAAGUGCUCAGAGGCUUCUACAAAAGAGACCGGCUGAAGUUUCCCAAGGACUGGAGAGAGAGAGCAACGUUGAAAUGUGGUAAUCCCGACAAUGGACAAUUUCAACCGAACGACGCGGUCCACCUCUUCGACAUAAUCGAAGAUCCAUGCGAGCUGAAUAAUGUGGCCAGCUCACAUCCGGAGGUUGUGGAAUUCCUCAGGAGGCGCAUCGCAGCCUACCAAGCCGAAGCAAUGCCAGUGCAGUACGAGCCCAAGGACCCCGCAGGCUUUCCAGAAAACCACAAUGGAACCUGGGCCCCGUGGGUGCAUACAUCGUGCGGAUAA